AUGUCGUCCCCCAUUGCCAUCCCUGCCUCGUUGCCUCACGUUGUCAGCGCCUCCAUUUCCCCGUCCACCCUCACCAUCCAUGACCGCUUCGCCAAUACUCGUCGUCAGGAUUCUGGUGCUAUUAGGCAGCCCAAGGUCCUCCACCCCGUCGACAACGAGGGCCUUCGUCUCCUCGUCCUCGAAAAUAUCUCCCAAGAGGCCGUAGAGCUCUUCCGUGCCCAGGGUUACUAUGUCGACCAUUAUACCAAGGCUAUGUCAGAAGACGAGCUGGUAGAGAAAAUUGGGUCCUACCAUGGUAUUGGUAUUCGCAGCAAAACAAAAAUAACCGCUCGCGUCCUUAAGGCGGCAUUCAAGCUUCUCGUCAUUGGGUGCUUCUGUAUUGGUACUAACCAAGUUGACUUGACUUCUGCCGCUCAAGCUGGUAUCCCCGUGUUUAACUCCCCCUUCUCCAACUCGCGCUCUGUUGCGGAACUCGUCAUGUCUGAGCUUGUUAUCCUCUCUCGCCAGCUCUUCGAACGCGCGUACGAGUUGCGUACCGGCGUUUGGAACAAGCAGUCCAAGGGAUGCUGGGAAGUCCGCGGAAAGACACUUGGAAUCGUAGGCUAUGGCCACAUUGGCUCCCAGCUCUCCGUACUCGCUGAAUCCUUUGGCAUCCGUGUUCUCUUCUAUGAUGUCGUCAACCUCAUGCCCCUCGGCUCUGCGCGUCAAGUCGAGUCUCUCGAUGUCUUGCUGGCAGAGGCAGAUUUCAUCAGCCUCCACGUCCCCGAAUCUUCUGACACCAUCAACAUGAUCUCCAAACAUCAGUUCGCGACCAUGAAGAAGGGCGCGUAUUUCAUCAAUAAUGCGCGUGGGAAAGUCGUAGACAUACCCGCUCUUAUCGAUGCGCUGAAGAGCGGACACAUUGCUGGUGCAGCCAUCGACGUCUUCCCCUCCGAGCCCGGAGCCAAUGGCUCGCCAUUCGAUGACCGACUCAAUUCCUGGGCCUCGACCCUUCGCUCCCUGCCCAAUGUCGUCCUCUCACCUCACAUUGGUGGUUCCACUGAAGAGGCACAGCGCAUGAUAGGCCAAGAGGUCUCCCAAGCGCUGUGCCGAUACUUUGGAUAUGGUACCACGCUUGGAGCAGUCAACUUCCCUGAAGUUGACUUGCGUGCCAUCACCACGGAGCAGGGUGACCAUGUUCGUGUCUGCCACGUCCACAAGAACCAGCCUGGUGUGCUGAAACAGGUCAACGACGCCUUGUCUCCGUACAAUGUGGAGAAACAAUACUCGGACUCGAAGGGUGACAUCGCAUAUCUUAUGGCAGAUAUAGCAGAUGUCAGUCCCGCAGACAUCAAUAAGUUGCGGGAGCUGAUCAACGGUACCAGCGCAAACAUUCUUACCCGCUUCCUAGCGUAAAACAGCUUUUAAAGCUGUGCUGUAUAAAACACCAAAACGGAUGAUCACAACGGCUUGUUGUACAAUAUAGAUAACGGUAGUAUUCAACAUAUAUUAAUAGCGAUGUUCACUCAACUGUACAUCUUAUGCACCAUUCAACUGGACUUUGGGAACUUGCAUGAGAUAUCUAACACAUAAUCGUAGUUGUAUUACAUUCCGUAGUUGUUCAUUUAUGCAUAAGAGAGCAAAAGAAAUGAAACCCUAAAGCCAAGUCAUGACUAGGCCUCUUCCUC